AUGCGUGGAGAUACUGUACUGAUGGAAGCUUGUAGGUAUGUCUCCAAGUCAUUAGUUGAGUUUUUGGUGUCUAGAGGGGCAGAUGUGAACAGAACUGAUGAAAGGGGUCUCACUGCUCUAAUGUAUGCAGCAUAUUAUGGUUAUGAUGAAAUCAUCGAAAUUCUAUUAACAGCAAAAGCAAAUGUUACACAGAAGACUAAGUAUGGUUUGACUGCAAUUGAUUUGGCUAUGAGAGAUGGUCACAUGUUAACUGCUGGUCGGUUGGUGUUUGCGAGUGAAAGAGUUGAAGAUCUUACAGUUAAGAGUGAGCACAAUCAGACAGGACUGUUUGUAUUUUUGAUUAUCGAUAGCAAUAAGCCUUUUGAUUUGGCUGUGAAAAAUGGUCACAUGGCAGCAGGUAGUCCGUUAGUGUUGGCAAUACAGCGUGUUGAAGAUGUUACAUUAGAGAAUGUGUGGAAGCUGCUGCAGUGGGCAUGUAGGAAUGAAGUGGAUGUUGCAACAAAGAUUGCAGAGAAGUUUUGUCAAUCAGUGGAGAAGUCUGGUCGCACUUUACUUCACUUUGCUGCUCAACUUGAUCAUCGUGAGGCAGUCAAGUGUCUGUUGGAGAAGAAGGCUGAUGCAGAUGCUAAAGAUGUGGAUGGGAAGACACCUUUCGAUAUUGCUGUGAUGAGUCGUUACAUGUCAACAGCUGGUCAGUUGUUAUCAAUAAUGCAGUCAGUUGCAUUAAAGAAAGUGUGGAAGUUGCUGGAGUGGGCAUUUAUGAAUGAAGUGGAAGUUGCAACAAAGAUUGCAGAAAAGUUUUGUCAAUCAGUGGAGAAGGAGUCUGGUCGCACUUUACUUCACUUUGCUGCUCAACUUGGUCAUCGUGAGGCAGUCGAGUGUCUGUUGGAGAAGAAGGCUGAUGCAGAUGCUAAAGAUAAGGAUGGCAGGAGGCCGCACCAACUGACUGAUGGUGAACUGAGAAGACGACUGAGGAAAGCAAUAGAUGAACAGAAGUAUGCUGUUCUGUAUGCUGAGGGCACAGUGAGACCAGAAAUCAUGAAAUUGUGUUUCAUUGGUUCAGAAGGAGCAGGAAAGACGACACUCAUGGAGGCUCUGAAACGAGGAUGGUUAGAAUGGGCUUUCUUUGCAAAUGAGAACAAAGCAGAUGACCCACAAUGUGAAGAGGAACGCACAAUUGGUAUCGACGUGAUGACAGCCGAUAUUUCAGGAGUGGGUCGCUUCUCACUGUGGGACUAUGCAGGUCAAAAGCAGUUCCACAAAACACACGGCCUUUUCUUUUCUUCAUCCAACUCGUUCUUCAUUCUGCUGGUGAGUCUAGCGAGAGGAAAGGAGAGACGACAGUGCACUGUUGAGGAGUUGCUAGAAGAGCUUCAGUAUUGGCUCUCAUUUCUCAGAGCCAGUUUGGAUGCACAGUUCAUACCCACAGUGUUGAUAGCUGCCAGUCGAAGAGACACUUAUGAUAAUUGUCAAAAUUUAUUUAAGUGUGUGGUCAUGCACCUUUCUGAAGUGUUUAAAGGCAAGAUCAACAUAAUUGAAGACUGUAUUAUUCUUGAUUGCAGAAAGAGUUCUUCUCCUCAAUUGAGAAUUUUGAAGGAAAUUCUUCUUGAGUUCAAGCUGCAGUUUCAAAAGUCUGCUCCUCUGUAUCCUCGUCUUUGUCAGCCAGUCGUGUCCACAUUGCUUCCUUCUCUUCGUAAGAAACAAGAAGAUCCGUUCAUGGAGAAGGCAACACUCAUGGAAAGUAUUGAGCAGGAGGCAUGUCCAGGACAAGAGAAGAAGGUUGUAGAGAAGGUAGUUGAUUUUCUGGAUGAUUCAGGAGAGAUUGCUGUUGUUGGUGAUGUGGCUGCUCUCAAUCCUGCCGGUCUGCAUCAUUAUGCCAUCGGUCCUCUCAUUGCUUCUGAGGAUUUUAAGUGGCAUGUCAGGUCAAAGAGGAAGGAUGGCACAGUAACAAGAGAAGAAGCAGAAACGGCAAUCAAUGAUUACCGAAAAGAUAAGAAGAUUCAAGUUCAACUCAACACAGAUAAAGUUCUUGCUCUAAAUGAAUCUCUUGGUUUCUGCUUUAAAGUGGAAGGCAGAGACAACACAUACAUGUUUCCAGCUCUCUUGCCUUGUAAGUAUCUGUCUGUCAUGUGGAAGAGAGAGGAGAGUAAGAAAGUGUAUGUCGGUCGACGUCAAGUGUGCAGCAGUCAGACGACCAUCUUCAGUCCAUCUGCAUUUUGCAUGUUUCAAUCUAAAGUUUGCACUACAUUAGAUAAGAAAGCACAGCUGUGGAGGAAUGGACUAAUCACCUCACAAGGUGAUACAGUCUCUAAUCGUGUUGCAUGUUUGGUUGCCAUGGUAGAUCCUGUUCGUUCUGUCGACUUUGUAUGUCGUGGUGGUAAGGCAACUGAAGCAGAAUGUGUUUCCUUGCUCAACACUGUCAUGUCUCUUUGGAGAGAUAUGUUAGACAGAUACAGUCCAGGCACUGACUAUAAGACUGAAUAUCUGAGCAGAAAGCAUUUAGAGGAACACAAAGAACUGAAACAAGUUGCUGUUUACUCAGAAGAGGAAAUCAAGGAAGCAGAAGCAAAGAACAAAGGGCCGGACACUGCAGUAACACAAGUAGUUUGUGAUGAGCAAGUGGUAGAAAGUCUUGGUGACCUGCUGGUCAUUCUCCCUUCCAAACAAGCAACUCCACUCUUUCCCAGUCCAGUUGUGAAGGCUGUAAUUGAGUAUGGUGUAGAUCAAUGGCAAUCAUUUGCAGAAAGAUUAGGUUUUAAUAGCUCACAGAUUAGUGCCAUUUGUCAUGACAAAGCGUCUCUAGCUGACAAAUUAUCUGCAAUUAUUCAAGUGAAGACUGAGGAAGUUGGUGAUAUGAAGAAGAUGGAUGAUCUGCUGUUGGAGGUGUGUGCACUGUUACCGUAUCCCAUUGAUGCUGCAGUCAAGAGAAGCUUGUCAUCUUCCCAAUAGAAUUGUAGCUCCUAAGUGUGACCGUUAUAUAAACAUUAUAGUUUCAUAAUUUCUGUGUUGGUGUGCAGAAUGUGAGGUGCCUGUAUCGACUAGCCAUCAUUGUGCCCUUUGUUUUACCCAGAAAUUUUAUCAUUAUCAGACAUUAUGAUUAUUAUAUGCUUUAUAUGUAUUUACAGUAUAUUGAUACGAAUACAGAGUUUAGAUGCAAU